UGACUUUAGAUUUGAAAUCAUUGCCUUUUCCCUGGGUGCCGAUUACACGUUAGAACCGUAAAAUUUAUAAUUGUUAAAUUUCAGAUUUUUAAGAGAAAUAUAAAUAAAACACAAUGUCCGGAAAAGGCAAUAAAGCAUUUACAAAAGAAGAAGAACUGCUUUUACAGGACUUUAGUAGAAACGUAUCUACAAAAUCAUCAGCCUUAUUUUAUGGAAACGCUUUCAUCGUAUCCGCAAUUCCCAUCUGGCUUUUCUGGAGAGUACAUGCUAUGGAAGUAAACACAUCAUUAGCUUGGUUUGUGUUUGUGACUGCCCUAAGUACAUGGCUCCUUGCCCUCGCCUACCGCAACACGAAGUUCCAGCUAAAACACCGCGUAGCUGUCCGUAGAGAGGAUGCUGUUGCUCGUGAAAUGUCAAGGAAACUGGCUGAUGAUAAGAAAAUGAGCAGAAAAGAAAAGGAUGAAAGAAUUCUGUGGAAGAAGAAUGAGGUAGCUGAUUAUGAAGCCACAACUUUCUCAAUCUUCUACAACAAUGCUCUUUUCCUGACCAUUGUGAUCCUGAGCAGUUUCUAUUUACUGCGCUCCUUCACACCAACUGUCAAUUACAUUGUGUCUCUCUCAGCUGCAUCAGGACUUCUUGCUCUCCUCUCAACGGGAACAAAAUGAAUUUAAUAAAGACAUAGUGCAGUGUGAGUGAAGCGUGACUAAUAAUUUAAUAUUGUCAUCAAUUCAAAGGUCUAAGUUAUUAAGUGUUCUUUUGUUGCUGAAAUUAUUUAAGACAAUUUUUUUAAUAAAUAGUAAAAUAAAACAUUUUAAAUACAAAAUAAAUUUUAUUUACACCAUUAA